AUGUAUAUACUCCUUAUUGGACUAGCACUGCUCCAUCAACUGGAGGGCAGCUCACUAUUCACUCUUCGUCAGGGUAAAAUCUUCGGAGGAAAAACCACGUUGGUGAAAGACCAUUCCUUCCUUGUCAAUCUUCGACGAGGUGGCAAGUUCCGGUGCGGUGGCGUCAUAAUCUCGCCCAACUGUGUACUCACAGCUGCUCAUUGCUUGGAGGGACGAUAUCAACAGGUCCGGGAUUUGACCGUACAUGCCCAACAACAGUGCCUUGGCGAUGACAUGCCGCCGGAGCAUGUCCGUUCGGCCUGGUAUGUCGGCCUAUCACCAAACUACUGCGCUCAACGCGGAUUGGACUCCGACUUGGCGGUGAUCCGUUUGAGUCGUCCCUUUGACAUCGCCGGCAAUGCGAGUCUGGUGAAGAUCGACUACAAUGACCUGCCACCACAUUCAAAUCUCACGGUUCUGGGUUGGGGAGCGAUCAAUGAGCAGGGUCACAACUGGAACCAGUGUUUGCAGGAGGCCAACGUUAAGCUCAUCUCGCACAGGGAGUGCAUCAAAUCAGUUGGAUCCGGAUGGCAAAAAGUAACGAACAACAUGUUUUGUGCUCUGGGCAAAAACGCCAGGGAUGCCUGUCAAGGCGAUUCCGGAGGCCCCGCAAUCUACGCUGGUCGCUCCGUGGGCAUAGUAUCGUGGGGCUACGGAUGUGGCAGUGGUUAUCCAGGCGUCUACACCCGCCUCAGUAGUCCAUCGAUUACGUACUGGCUGAAGGACUUUAUCGAGCGACAUUGCUAAAAAUCUAUCAAUCAAUUUGAUUAACCUUCAACGCAAUAAAUAGUUAAUAAGGCAGUCACUCCAU